CCAGUUCAGGAAACAGGACCCCCGUCAUGCCUUUCUCCCUGCAGGAGAUGCUCUCCUCCGCUCCCCACCCCAUUCCCCUCCGCCAAGACCCGAAAGCUCCUUGUUGUUCUGAGCCUGCGUGCGGCUCCAGACCCCUGGAGUCCGAUCCCCGCCUGGGCUUGGGGACGGACCGCGCAGAGCGAGGUGGCAGCAGGCAGGGCGCGCGGCCAGGGUGCCCAGCUCCCGGGGCUGCCUGCAGGGUGGGGCGGUCCUCGCGGCCUAUCCCUCUCCGCUCCUGCCCCAUCCCCAGACAGUACACCCCUCCUCCCGCCGGCCCGCUCCCCACCCUCCGCGGCGCCGCCUCCCCCGCCGCCUGCCGGCGCUGGCCCAGAGCCGACCAGGCAGCCAGCGAGCGAGCGGAGCGCUCUGGGAUGGGACUCGGAAGAAGCGGCGAAGGAGGAGACAGCGGCAGCACCUCGGGCUUCUUCCUCGGCUCCCACGAGCGAUUCCCGAGGAGAGCCGUGGCUCUCGGAGCGGCGAGGAGGCCAGCGACGAAGACCCGGUAGGCUGCGCCCCUGUCUCGCUUCCCAGGCGCCGGCGCCGGCUGCAGCCUUGCCCCUCUUUCUCUUCUUGAAGAUGGAAAAGAUGCUGGUGGGCUGCUUUCUCCUGAUCCUCGGACAGAUCCUCCUCCUCCCCGCUGAGGCCAGGGAGUGGCCUCCUUCCAGGUCCAUCUCCAGAGGGAGACAUGCUCGGACCCACCCUCAGACGGCCCUCCUGGAGAGCUCCUGUGAGAACAAGCGGGCAGACGUAGUCUUCAUCAUUGACAGUUCCCGCAGCGUCAACACCCACGACUACGCAAAGGUCAAGGAGUUCAUUGUGGACAUCUUGCAGUUCUUGGACAUUGGCCCUGACGUCACCCGUGUGGGCCUGCUCCAAUAUGGCAGCACCGUCAAGAACGAGUUCUCCCUCAAGACCUUCAAGAGGAAGUCCGAGGUGGAGCACGCCAUCAAGAGGAUGCGGCAUCUGUCCACGGGCACCAUGACGGGGCUGGCCAUCCAGUACGCCCUGAACAUCGCAUUCUCAGAGGCAGAGGGUGCCCGGCCACUGAGGGAGAACGUGCCGCGGGUCAUAAUGAUUGUGACCGAUGGGAGGCCCCAGGACUCGGUUGCUGAGGUAGCCGCAAAGGCCCGGGACACAGGCAUCCUGAUCUUUGCCAUCGGCGUGGGCCAGGUGGACUUCAACACGCUGAAGGCCAUCGGAAGCGAGCCGCACGAGGACCACGUCUUCCUGGUGGCCAACUUCAGCCAGAUUGAGUCGCUGACCUCGGUGUUCCAGAACAAGUUGUGCACGGUCCACAUGUGCAGCAUCCUGGAGCAUAACUGUGCCCACUUCUGCAUCAAUACUCCCGGCUCGUAUGUCUGCAGGUGCAAACAAGGCUACAUCCUCAACUCGGAUCAGACGACUUGCAGAAUCCAGGACCUGUGUGCAGCAGAGGACCACGGCUGCGAGCAGCUCUGCGUGAACCUGCUGGACUCCUUUGUCUGCCAGUGCUACAGUGGCUACACCCUGGCCGAGGACGGGAAACGGUGUGUGGCUGUGGACUACUGUGCCUCAGAAAACCAUGGAUGUGAACAUGAGUGUGUAAAUACCGACGGCUCCUACUUUUGCCGGUGCCCUAAAGGAUUUGCUCUUAACCCAGAUAAGAAAACAUGCACAAAGAUAGACUACUGCGCCUCACCUAACCAUGGAUGCCAGCACGAGUGUGUUAACACAGAUGAUUCCUAUUCCUGCCGUUGCUUAAAAGGCUUUACCCUGAAUCCAGAUCAGAAAACCUGCAGAAGGAUCAACUACUGUGCGCUGAAGAGGCCGCGCUGCGAGCAUGAAUGCAUCAACACGGAGGAGGGCUACUACUGCCGCUGCCGCCGGGGCUACACCCUGGACCCCAACGGCAAGACCUGCAGCCGGGUGGAUCACUGCGCGGAGCAGGACCACGGCUGCGAGCAGCUGUGCCUCAACACCGAGGACUCCUUCGUGUGCCAGUGCUUGGAAGGCUUCCUCAUCAACGAGGACCUCAAGACCUGCUCCCGAGUGGAUUAUUGUUUGCUGAGUGACCACGGUUGCGAAUACUCCUGCGUCAACACCGACAGGUCCUUCGUCUGCCAGUGUCCCGAGGAACACGUGCUCCGCAGUGAUGGCAAGACCUGUGCCAAAUUGGACUCCUGUGCUUUGGGGAACCAUGGUUGUGAACAUUCGUGUGUAAGCAGUGGAGGCUCUUUUGUGUGCCAGUGCUUUGAAGGGUAUAUACUCCGUGAAGAUGGGAAAACCUGCAGAAGGAAAGAUGUCUGCCAAGCAGUAGACCACGGCUGUGAACAUAUUUGCGUGAACAGUGAUGAGUCGUACAUCUGCAAGUGCUUGGAGGGAUUCCGACUCGCUGAGGACGGGAAACACUGCAGAAGGAAGGAUGUCUGCAAAUCAACCUACCAUGGCUGUGAACACAUUUGUGUUAAUCGUGGCAGUUCUUACAUCUGCAAAUGCUCAGAGGGAUUUAUUCUAGCUGAGGAUGGAAGACGGUGCAAAAGAUGCACUGAAGGCCCAGUUGACCUGGUCUUUGUGAUCGAUGGAUCCAAGAGCCUUGGAGAAGAGAAUUUUGAGAUUGUAAAGCAGUUUGUCACUGGAAUUAUAGAUUCCUUGGCAAUUUCCCCAAAAGCCGCUCGAGUGGGGCUGCUCCAGUAUUCCACGCAGGUCCGCACAGAGUUUACCCUGAGAAACUUCAGCUCGGCCAAAGACAUGAAAAAAGCUGUGGCCCACAUGAAAUACAUGGGCAAGGGCUCUAUGACCGGACUGGCUCUGAAACACAUGUUUGAGAGAAGUUUUACCCAAGUAGAAGGGGCCAGGCCCCUCUCCGCACGGGUACCCAGAGUGGCCAUCGUGUUAACAGAUGGACGGGCUCAGGAUGAUGUCUCCGAGUGGGCCAGUAAAGCCCAGGCCAAUGGUGUAACCAUGUAUGCUGUUGGGGUAGGGAAAGCCAUUGAGGAAGAACUACAAGAGAUUGCCUCUGAGCCCACAGAAGAGCAUCUCUUCUAUGCCGAAGACUUCAGCACGAUGGGCGAGAUAAGUGAUAAACUACGGAAAGGCAUUUGUGAAGCUCUGGAAGACUCUGAUGGAAGACGGGAUUCUCCAGCAGGGGAACUGCCAAAGAGGGCCCACCAGCCAACAGAAUCUGAGCCAGUCACCAUAAAUAUCCAAGACAUACUUUCCUGUUCUAAUUUUGCAGUGCAACACAGAUAUCUGUUUGAAGAAAACAAUCUUGCACGGUCUACACAAAAACUUUUCCAUUUGACAAAAUCCUCAGGAAGUCCUUUGGAAGAAAAACACAAUCAAUGCAAAUGUGAAAACCUUAUAAUGUUCCAGAACCUUGCAAAUGAAGAAGUAAGAAAAUUAACGCAGCGCUUAGAAGAAAUGACACAGAGAAUGGAAGCCCUGGAAAAUCGCCUGAGAUACAGAUGAAGAUUCAAAAUGCUACAUGUAUUUGUAUGUCAUUGUAUCAAGGAUUACAGUGAAACAGUUCAGAGCCCCAAAAGCUCAAGCUAUCAUUAAUUCUGUAAGGUUGUAAACUAAAACAUAAGUAGUACUGAGAAAGCUGGUUUGCUAUAGAACAAAGGCAUACAAAUUCAUUGAGAAAAAAAAUUGUAUAAAUUUAUUUUGUAUAAAUUCAUUGAGAAAAAAAACCUUUCAGAAUCCUAAAAUGAGUUUAUCAAGUGAGAACAAAUAAGCUAUGCAAGAUAUUCUGUAACAUACUGUGGACACAUUUGCUUUUGCCUUGUUCUGCCUUAGUGUUGCAAUCUUAAUUUGACUACAAAAUAAAGUUUGCAGUCUUACUUCCGUAGAACACUGGCCAUGGGAAAGCUAUUUUUUUUUGUAUUGGACUUUACCUUGAUAUAUGUAUAUGGAUGUAUGCAUAAAGUCAGAACAUAUGUAUUGUGACAAGUUCGAUUUUUUAAUACAAUAUGAAAAUUUACUUCAGAGAAUGGUAUUCUGUGUAAAAUUCUAAGUUUAACUUUAAAUGCAAGGUAUAUAUACAUGAGAAAUGGCUAAAAUACAUAUGAAAAAAAUGUUGACUCUCACUGAUAAUCAGGAAAAUGCAGGUUAAAACAAUCAGUUUGGCAAAAGUUAGCAUGUGUGACUACAGCAUUGGUAAAGAUGUGAAAAUACGGGGCUCUUGUACACUGCUAGUGAGAACACAAAUGGGCAGCCUCUGGAGUAUGAUCAACACCUAGUAAAACUGAAAAUGCAGCCCUACCCUGUACUCUACUGUAGUCACAGGUAUCUAACUAGAUGAUUUUAGCCUCCUCGGUAGUGUACACAGCCUGUUGCCUAUUCAGGUUGCCCUAAGGGACCUUGGAGACAGCCCUUUCCAGUGUACAUUAAUGACUGGCAUGCUGUCCCCAAUCUAGGCUCCAGACAGGUAUAUACGGUACCUUUGGAAAGCGCCAGGGCACAGUGGCCAGGGUCCACAUUGGCCAAAUUAUAAUGUCCAUCCGCACCAAGCUGCAGAACAAGGAGCAUGUGAUUGAGGCCCUCCGCAGGGCCAAGUUCAAGUUCCCUGGCCGCCAGAAGAUCCAUAUCUCCAAGUGGGGAUUUACUAAGUUUAAUGCGGAUGAAUUUGAAAACAUGGUGGCAGAAAAGUGGCUCAUCCUGGGGCCUGUGGGGUCAAAUACAUCACUAAUCAUGGCUCUCUGGACAAAUGGCGGGCCCUGCACUCAUGAGAGCCUUGGCGCUGUUCCCUCCUUACUCAUGCCCACCAAUAAAUCCUACUUUCUUGUCCAAAAAGAAAGUUACUUGAGUUGAUAAAAGUUAACAAAUUACAAAUAACCUAAUCAUCCUCAGAGGGGGAACUGAUAAAUUGUGGCAUACCUCAGAAAUACUAUGCAACAUUUAAAAGAAAUGUAUUGGGCUUCCCUGGUGGCACAGUGGUUAAGAAUCCGCCUGCCAAUGCAGGAGACACAGGUUCGAGCCCUGGUCCGGGAAGAUCCCACAUGCUGUGGAGCAACUAAGCCCGUGUGCCACAACUACUAAACCUGCACUCUAGAGCCUGCGAGUCACAACUACUGAAGCCCACAUGCC